AUGAUGAAGGCAAAUGGUACCAAUAAUGGUUGUAGCCGUUUGAGUACACCAUUAGCAGCUACAACCACACUGGAGGACCCAGGAACACCAGCUUCGUGGAAGGGCCCGCCAGCAGGCUCUGAGGCGUCCCCCUACACUCCGAACUCGGUGAAUCAGGGCGGUCCAAGCUACAACACUUCGGGCCCCGGUGGAAACCCUGGAGGAUUUCAGGGCCCGAGUCCUUUUCCCGGUGGAGCUGGGAGCCCUGCAGGAGGGCCUGGGUACCAAGGCCCUCCACCAGGUUCCGGAACUCCUCAGUACACGGCCUCACCAGCACCAAGUGGCUCUUCCACGCCGGGGCCUGGUCCGCAGUCGAACCCAGGAUUUCCUCCACCACAAAACAACUCUGGGCCUUACAAUGGACCUGGGCCCAGUCCGUUCGGAUCGCCUUCGGGCCCACCUCAAUUCGUCGGGAGACCUGGCUCUUCCGGGCCUCCGUUUGUUCCACCAGGAGGUAAUCCUCACUUUCCUUCACCUGGACAAUUCUCGGGACCGCAGUACGGAAUGCCACCUGGGAGCCCUUUCGGGCCAGGACAUCCCAUGGGACCUAUGGGCCCUGGACACCCGAUGAUGGGCCCAGGUGGUCCUGUCGAUCGUAUGGAUCAAGGUUUACCGGCCCCGCAGCCACCAACGACUCCGACUCACGGGCCCCCGACCCCACACGGCCCAGUAGGGCCCCAUCUAAACGGGGCCUCACCUAGUCCUCACCCGAUGCCACAUAUGAUGCAGGGGUCGCCACAUCAUAUGGGCCCAGGGGCCGGGGGGGGACCCUCACCUCACCCUCACCACCAUAUGGUAGGGUCACCGCAUCAUCAUAUGGCUACAGGUGGCUCGGUAAUGCCUGGGGGCCCUGGAACUGGUCCUGGCCCCGGGCCUGGAGGCGGUAUGAUGGCCCCAGGAAUUCAACAAGGCCCUAUGUGUCCUCCUGGAGCUCCUGGACCCAUGGGCCCUCAUCAUCAGGCCCCACCUGGACAACAUAUGCACAAUGAUCCCUUCUACUGCUCGCCGUUUGGAAGUCCGUAUUACAGAUCGUUACCUGUCCCCAGGAGGCACACACCAUACUUCCAGCAGCCUGAUAUCAGACUUUACGAACUCAACAAGAGGUUACAAUCAAGGACUGAGGAAAGUGACAAUCUUUGGUGGGAUUCGUUCGCGACGGAAUUUUUUGAGGAUGACGCUACGCUAACUCUCGCCUUUUGCCUUGAGGAUGGACCUAAAAGAUACACGAUAGGAAGGACGUUAAUCCCAAGGUACUUCAGGUCGAUAUUUGAAGGCGGUGUCACAGAGCUUUAUUAUCAUAUGAAACAUCCUAAGGAAUCGUUUCAUAAUACUUCUAUUACAUUAGAUUGCGAACACUGUGUUAUGGUGACGCAUCAUGGGAAACCGCCGUUCAUGAAGGUGUGUACCGAAGGUAGGCUAAUAUUAGAAUUCACAUUCGACGAUUUGAUGAGGAUAAAGUCGUGGCACAUGAACGUGAGAACACACCGGGAGUUGGUGCCCAGAUCUGUCGUCAGCAUGCAUACUGCGCAGCAAGAUCCCUCGAUGCUCGAACAAUUGACGAAGAAUAUCACCAGACAAGGCAUUACUAAUUCAACUUUAAAUUAUCUUAGGUUAUGUGUAAUAUUGGAACCAAUGCAAGAAUUAAUGUCCAGGCAUAAAGCGUAUCAACUUACGCCCCGAGAUUGCCUGAAGACGACGCUGUUCCAGAAGUGGCAGAGGAUGGAUGUCAUGGUAGUAGGUGAACCCUCACUAAUGGGCGGCGAGUUCGGAGAAGAGGAUGAACGACUAAUAACAAGGCUAGAAAACGCCCAGUACGAUGCAAGCAAUAGCAUAGAUCAACACGGACACGAUAACAGCGGGGGUGGACCACCUCCUCACCCACAUCAGUUCCACUCGGAACCAACUCCUGGGAACUCCUGGCCGCCUGACCGUGGCCCUGGACCCCCACAAGGAGGUCCAGGCAAUCAAGUACAAGGGAACCAAGGCGGCGCAGGCGUACAAGGACCUCCAGAUUCAAACCAACAGCAGGAUAAAAAAAGCCCCGCAGUGAGUCAGUGA